CCGGGAGCUGGCCUCCAGGUGUGUUUGUCCCCGCGCCGCGGCUUCCCCACUCGGCUUCCGAGGCCGGGGCCGGGCUGAGGGCUGAGUGUGUCCGGUCCUGCCCGUCCAGAACCAAGAACCGGAACCACCUCCUUUUUCUUGCAAAGCAACCGAUGCUGCCUGAGGCUUGAACCCAACCUGAGAAACCACAUAUGAAAAACCCUGCCAGUGUUUGCAGUAUCAGCUUGAAUUCCUCAGGUUAUUCUGGGAUGGAGACUCUUCAGCAGUGUUAAAUAUUUUACCAUAAAUUUAGGAGAUGGCUUCUUUACAAAGGAAAGGGCUGCAGGCAAGGGUUCUCAGCUCUGAAGAAGAAGAGAAACUGAAAAGAGAUCAGGCUUUGGUGUCUGAUUUUAAGCAGCAAAAACUGGAAAAAGAGGCUCAGAAGAACUGGGACCUUUUUUACAAAAGAAAUAGUACUAACUUCUUCAAAGAUAGACACUGGACCACAAGAGAGUUUGAGGAGCUCAGAUCAUGUAAAGAGUUUGAAGAUCAAAAAUUGACUAUACUUGAAGCUGGCUGUGGUGUUGGGAACUGCUUAUUCCCACUUUUAGAAGAAGAUGUGAAUAUCUUUGCCUAUGCCUGUGAUUUUUCUCCAAGAGCGGUUGAAUACGUCAAGCAAAAUCCUUUAUACAACGCAGAAAGAUGCAAGGUAUUCCAGUGUGAUCUAACCAAAGAUGACCUUCUGGAACAUGUGCCCCCAGAGUCUGUGGAUGUUGUCUUAUUGAUAUUUGUACUCUCUGCUGUUCACCCUGAUAAGAUGCACCUUGUCUUAAAAAAUAUUUACCAGGUAUUAAAACCAGGCAAAAGCGUCUUGUUUCGGGACUAUGGGCUGUAUGAUCAUGCCAUGCUUAGGUUUAGAGCUGGCAGCAAACUUGGAGAAAACUUCUAUGCUAGACAAGAUGGAACCAGAUCAUAUUUUUUUACUGAUGAAUUCCUGGCUCGGCUCUUUAUGGACACAGGUUAUGAAGAAGUGGUGAAUGAGUAUGUGUUCCGUGAAACAGUGAACAAAAAAGAAGGCCUGUGUGUGCCAAGAGUUUUCCUUCAGAGCAAAUUCCGAAAGUGUCCUAAGAACCCAUCUCCUGUGAGCCUGGGCCUGGAUCCCAAGUCCUGACUUUUCACGAGGUUGACGUUUAUGCCUCCCCUCAUAGAGGAAAGCUUAAAGUCACACUUUAUUUUGGAUAUUUUUAUAUUUUUCUAAAAAUGAGGAUGUGUAAUUUUUAUAUUAAAAAGUAGCAAGUG